AGCACCAGGCUAUAAAGGGCAGCUCCUCUCCUCUGCCAGCUACCCACGAGAAGCCAUUAUUUCUCCCGAUCCCCAGAGAAGCAGCUUGGAUCUCCUGCCGAGACGAGGACUGGUGGGGCCACUGGCUGAGAGGGGGCCUGAUUCAGCCUACAGCAGGGUGGGUUUGCACCCUCUGGGUGCAGGCAGCACCCCCUGUCCCCGAGGGACCUGCUGUGACCCUCCCCGAGCUCUCGCAGGGGAUGCUGCCGGGAACACGGAGGAUGGUGGCAGCGGCCAGACUCGCCCUCCUGCUGCUGGGCUGCGCUGGGCUCCUGUGGCCGGCCAGUGCCCGGUACAUAGACUACUGCCCUGCGGGCUGGUCCUACUACAAGCUCAGCUGCUUCAGGUACUUCAGUCAGCUCCGCACCUGGGACGAAGCUGAGAGGCAGUGCCAGGCCAGCCACGCCGGCGCCCACCUGGCCUGGGUGGAGGAGCCCCGAGAAGCCACCACCCUGCAGAAGGUCAUCUCCUACUACCAGCGUGCGCAGCCCGUCUGGGUCGGCCUCUACAGGCGUGAGAGCCAGGCCUGGCAGUGGGCAAGUGGGGACAAGUACAGCAUCACCAGCGGGCUGGCCGGGAACGGGGCUCGAGGGGGGACCUGCGGCGUGCUGACCCACCUCAGCGGCUUCACCGUGUGGUCCAGCGCAGACUGCGCCCAGCAGCAUCACUACAUCUGCAAGUUCACCCCCUCGCACUGAGCACGGCCCGCGGGGUACCCCGGGGAGGACCCCACGCCGGCGAUGCUCCUUCCUUGCCGCCUCUGCUCCUCUCUCCCCCACACCUAGAAAUACAUCUAUUAAAAAAAACCCCAAG